CACCAUUCCUCGGAACGAAGUUUCUAAUGAAUUUAUUACGGAAAAUAGUGGUGAAAUGAUAAAGUGUAGUAUUGUAGUCGGUUUUUACGGCACUUUUUUCGGAGAUUUUAAUUACAUAAUUUCAAAAUAUUAUGAUUUACCGCGGUGGCCAAAAUUGGAAUUGCGAUCAAGGUCGAAUGCCCCCCUCCCCCUGUCGUCAAAUUAUUAUCGGUGAUCAGCUGAAUCAGCUGACAUUUGUUUAUUCCAGUUCGUUCUAAUCAUGGCUCAAUUAGCUGCAGAUUUCUAGUGUUAUUAGUCUCUAAAACAAUUAAUUAUGCUGUGUUUCCCGUUGUAAUUUCCGCGAUUUCUUCAUUUCGUUCUCCGAUCGAUCCUCGUGUGCAGUAAUUUAUCAGUGGUGAAACUUGUGACUUGCGGCGAAUACUUCAAUACUCAUCAUGACCACUGAAGCAAAGUUCCAUGCAGCAGUGAAUGUCAUUCGAAGUUUACCUAAACAUGGAUCGUAUCAGCCAUCUCAUGAUCUUAUGCUCAGAUUUUAUGCAUACUUCAAACAAGCAACAGAAGGACCAAAUACUGCUCCAAAACCUGCAUUUUGGGAAGUGGUGAAAAAAGCAAAAUGGGAUGCAUGGACCAAAUUGGGGAAUAUGCCAAAAGAAGAGGCAAUGACAAACUACGUGGAAGAAUUAAAAAAGAUUGUUGAAACCAUGUCAUACACUGACAAUGUGGCCAAUUUUGUCUCGAGUCUCGACUCUUUUUAUGAGUCUGUCCCCGCGCAGGAUUUGGAACUGCUUAUUGGACCUGUGAUAGAAAGAGUGCGCUCUCAGCCAGGAUCUCCUCUCGCUGGUUCGCCUCUGGGCUCCAGAGAAGCAUCACCUACACGAAAUGAUAGAUCGCAAGAGUUGCGACCAAAAGUAAACCAUGCGAGGGACAAGUCACCCUACAGUAGUGAAUCAGUCUCUCCACUGCCUCCGGAAUCCGAUGAUGAAGAUGAAACAUUCAUGGAUACUGUGGAAAUAAAUAUUGAGAACAGUUAUGGAAAAGAAAGUUCAAAACGGAAAAGACCGGAAUCUAAACGAGCAAACAACAUUGACAACAACACAAAUAAAAAUGAUGUAUCGCAGCGUUACCAACCACAGCAGUCUGGCACUGAGUCAUUGAAUUGUGCCACUCUUAAUUCCAGAAAAGGUACAGUGCUCUCUGGAAAUUCUGUGAAUGCAUCACAAACUGUUCCCUACGUUCGUUCCACGGAUAAUGAUUCUGAUUAUCAAAUCAUCCGAAAUACUCUAAUAAGUCUACAAAGAGAUCUGAACAAUUUACAAACUAAAGUCACGCAUUUAGAGUCGUCGGCCAAUCAAAGGGGAAGAGGCCCUCGUGCAAAAGAUUGGCCACUCAGAAUCUCCACUCCAAGUCUCACAUUUUUAAUACUGUGGCCUAUUGCCGUGAACUUACUAUUCUUAUGGUUGCGGAGGAAAAAUCGGGGAGAGAGACUCUAGCUGUUUUAAAUAGAGUGUUGGGCAAGCGGAAGGUUCGUACACAUUCCAAUUCCUCGUUAUUUGUUUCUCUUUUGGUAGCAUGACAAUGUCAGUCUAUCCUCAUUAGGUUUCAGCGAGUGAGUGCACAAUUGCACAUUUUGAUUCCAUUCUGGCUUAUCGUAGGAAAGAAGAACUUUUUUCGUCAGAUCUUCGUAACUCUGGAUCCUUGCCAUCAGUAGAUUUUUAUGCUGUCUUGAGGUUUCAGCUCCUUUAUGUAUCACUUCGAUAGUUGAUUAGAGGUAUCAAAAUGGAAACCUGAAACUUGGCUUCACUACUUAGGACUCCCUACUGUCAUCACCCGUAAGAAGUAUCUUUUGUAGAGGGAAAAGAAUCGAUAGGCUCCUUGAAGGUUGAACUUUUUUCCUUUAUCGAUAAAUAGAGGUUUCUUCAUAACUUGAUCUUAGUCUAAGAUUUUAGUUACUCCUCUCUUCUCAACCCUUUCAGUCUGCGAACCGAAUAAUUGCAAUUUGAUGGUGAAACUGCAGAAACUUGGUUUGCUGCAUUGUAAAACUUCCUAUCUUACCUAAUCCUCUACACGGAAGACUUCUCGAUAUUGUUUCUUGAAAACUUCCCUGAUUUUUAUUCUCUGCAAGAAGAAUAUUCUGUGAAAAUUUUAAACUAUAAUGUUGGUUUGGUCUCCUUUUCAAAGGGAGGAGCAGAGAUUUUGAAACACUGCAACUGAGGUAUGCAUUUUUCAGUUUCGCCAUCGAAUUGCUUCUCCUGUUCUCUUCCAAUAGCUUCGUUUUGAAUAGGUGGCACAUAGCUUAUGGUCAAUUUUUUUUCAGUCAUUUUCACAGGUAUUAUUCUUUUGUCUGUGUAAUUCUAAUGGAAUGUUUCUUUGUUUUAUCAUAAUUUUGACAGAAAAUGAUAUUUUUUUCAUCUCAAACUCUGUAAGUGCCACCUUUUUCUUUUCUUUUUUCCAUUUAUCUCCUUCCCUAUAUCCCUCCUCUCAUUUUGUGUUCUCACUAUGAUACUUUUUCCUCUCAUAGUUUUAAAAACUGACAUUUGUGUAAAUAAUGGUUGACAUGUAUGUAUCCGUCAUGUG